CGAGGCCGUUCAUGAAUGGAUAGCACUUUGAUUACUUUGCUGGGCCAAAGGUAACCUUAUAGCAGCCAAGUGUCCUGGCAGAGCAAUCGCAAAAGGAAGCCAGCGCCUAUUGGCCCGAUAGCGGCGUCUCUCAAUCCGCUACGGCCCUUAUAUCAAGCACGCGAGCCGCACAUCUUGCCCGCCUCAUCACCACGACACUCUUUUAUUUGCUUAUUCGCUCUCUUACGUUGUGCAGGAUGGCUCCGCUGCUCGCCAAAGCCUUACUUUUUCCCUCAACGGCUCUCGCGGGGCUUUUGAACUUCCAGCAGGCGACAGCCCCGCUGAGCCACCCAAUUGUAAACUCGGAGUCACUCCAGGCUUGCAUCGACCCCAAGGCCUUGCAAAGGAGAGCAGAAGCACUUUUUGAGAUCGCAAAGUCCAGCAUCGAUGAAUACAAUCGUCCAACCAGGGUGAUUGGCAGCGCGGGCCACCAAAGAACUCUUGACUAUAUCUAUUCGGAGCUUGCAAAUAUGGGAGACUAUUUCACCCUUUCCAACCAGACUUUCCAGGCUUUUACGGGCCAUGUUACAGAGUCCCGGUUGAUCAUCGGAGAUAGUGUCCUCACGAAUGCUACAGCGUUCAGCCUGACUCCCCCCACUCCUGAAAAUGAACCAGUUGACGGCAAGCUUGUUUUGAUUGCCGAUGAAGGCUGCGACAGCUCGAAUUAUCCUUCCAGCGUGGCCAAGAACAUUGCACUAAUUCAACGUGGUACGUGCCCUUUCAGCACGAAGUCCGAGCUGGCGGGCAAGGCUGGCGCUGUUGCUGCGGUUAUCUACAACAACCAGCACGGUUCUUUGUCCGGUACUCUCGGUACCCCGUUGCCGGACCACGUGCCAACAUUUGGUAUCUCAAAGGAAGAAGCUGCUCCGUUCAUUGAGAUCUUGAAAAAUAAGAACAUGACCCUGCUCGCCACAGCAUAUAUUGAUGGCGAGGUGCGCACCAUCGACACGUACAACAUCGUCGCGCAGACCACUCAGGGUGAUGCCAACAACUGUGUUAUGCUCGGCGCCCAUAGCGAUUCUGUUGCGGAAGGUCCCGGGAUCAAUGAUGACGGGAGCGGCACGCUCACUCUCCUCGAAGUUGCUCAACAGCUAACCAAGUUCACGGUCAAGAACUGUGUCCGCUUUGCAUGGUGGGCUGGUGAGGAGGAGGGGCUGCUUGGCUCAGACUACUAUGCCGAUCAUCUAUCGCCGGAAGAAAAUCAGAAAGUUAGGCUUUUCAUGGACUACGACAUGCUUGCCAGCCCCAAUUUUGCGUACCAAGUCUACAACGCUACCAACGAAGCAAAUCCCGAGGGCUCAGAGCAGCUUCGUGAUAUGUACACUGCCUGGUACAAGAAACACAACAUUCCGUACACGCUCAUCGAGUUUGACGGCCGAUCUGACUACGACGGAUUCAUCCGCAACGGAAUCCCAGCCGGUGGGAUUGCCACCGGCGCCGAGGGCGUGAAAACCAAGGAGGAACAACAGCUUUUCGGCGGAAAAGCUGGCGAUUGGUAUGACCCGUGCUACCACCAACUCUGCGACGACGUUGGAAAUGUCAACAUGACUGCUUGGGAGGUCAACACGAAGCUCGUCGCCCACAGUGUCGCUACUUAUGCAUUGAGCUUCGAUGGGUUUCCUGCAAGAAAUCCGCCGACUGUCAGCGAUAGUGUCUUCCGCACCAAGCCUGCUACAAACAAGGGCUCAAGUGGAACAAGCUUGCUUUACCAUGGGCCAAAGCUUGUCAUGUAAGAUGAUGAUUGUGUGAAAGAUUCAAUUGUAAUUUAGGACUGUUGAUAUCUUGGUCAUAGACUAUAAACAUAGAAGGUCAUCUGAAUGCAGUAGUAACGGCUUUGUGGUAUCUCUAAUCUUGUGCGACAGA